AAAUAUUAUUACUUCCUUACCUAACACGUAACACCAAAGCCCACCAAACCUCCACCAUCUUCUUCUUGAUUGGGUAAAUUUCACCUCAAAUUUCGCCACAUUUUCCUUGUAUAUUCCCCUGCAUUUUAUCUGUUUACAACUUUAUAUGCUUCUCUUUCCACAUCACCCAGUUUCUUUCUAGUAAAAUGGAGGCCAAGCUAUUGAAUUUCCAACUGUCUCCUGCCAUUUUUCGUUCAAACUCUUGGAGGUUUCCGGUCCAAAUUGCCCCUCCAUUGUCGAAAAAUUGCAACUUUCAGACACCCAUUUCUGGGUUUUCAAAGAAUCGGGUCCAAUCUGUUCAGGCUUCUGCCUCCCUCGGAAUAAAGAAUGCAGCUAGAAUAGAUGAGAGCGAGAUUUACACUCUUGACGGUAUAAGAAGUUCUUUAAUUCGACAAGAGGAUAGCAUAAUACUCAGCCUUGUCGAAAGAGCUCAAUAUUGUUACAAUGGCGAUUCGUAUGACCCUAAAGCUUUCUUCAUGGAUGGCUUCCAGGGUUCAUUAGUUGAAUUUAUGGUCCAAGAGACCGAAAAGAUUCACGCUAAGAUGGGAAGAUACAAGAGCCCUGAUGAACAUCCGUUUUUCCCAAACGACUUGCCUGAACCUAUGUUGCCCCCUUUAGAGUACCCACAGGUGUUGCAUCCUAGUGCUGAUUCGAUCAAUAUCAACAGUAAAAUAUGGGAUUUGUACUUUAAAGAUCUUCUACCUAGACUGGUCAAGAAAGGAACUGAUGGUAAUUGUGGAUCAGCAGCAACAUGUGACACAAUCUGCUUGCAAGUUCUCUCUAAACGAAUCCACUAUGGUAAAUUUGUGGCAGAAGCAAAGUUUAGAGCUUCACCAAAUGAUUAUGAAGCUGCCAUUAGAGCACAAGAUAGUAACAAACUGAUGGAUUUGUUGACAUAUCCGGCUGUAGAGGAGGCAGUCCAGAGAAGGGUUGAAACAAAAGCAAAGGCUUACGCGCAAGUGGUCGAUGAUGGGGCCGCGGAAGUUGAACCAGAGCCCGUGUACAAAAUUAACCCGAGUUUAGUUGCUGAUAUUUAUGGGGAGUGGAUUAUGCCUUUGACUAAGGAAGUUCAGGUUGAGUAUUUGCUAAGAAGACUUGAUUAAAUGGAAUAUAUGUAGUAUCAUACCUUACACGAAACUUACACGAAAAAUAAUGUUUAUAUAUAUGUUGAACAAGACUAGAGGUGUUGUGGGUCCAUUAAGUGGGGUUGCUAUAUGUUAUGUGAGGAUGAGAGUUCAACUUAUACAUGGUGGUAUAACAGAAGGGUUUUUGCUUUGUUUAUUCUACUAUAUAAUGGUUUAUUGUUUAUGAGGAGUUUGAACUUUGUAUGGUU